UAUAAAUUUUUCAAAAUAUAUUUUUCACACCAUAUUUUUGCAAGCUCAAAACAAAAUACAUAUUUGAAUGGCUGCGGAAGCUAAACUAUUACCACAAUAUGUGGCGGGUUUAUCGGCUGCCAUGGGCUCUUUUGCUCUGGGCACUGUUAUUGGCUGGACAGCUCCCGUAGAACCCGACAUUAAAGAUGGCAUAUUGGGUUUUGAUGUUUCAAGUGCUGAAUAUGGCUGGAUUGGUUCUAUGAUGGCCUUGGGUGCGGCCUGUGUUUGUAUACCCAUUGGUUAUGUGAUCAAUGUGAUUGGUAGAAAAUGGACUAUGUUGAUAUUGGUGCCACCAUUUGUGCUCGGUUGGAUGUUGAUUCUGUUUGCCUCGAAUGUUUUAAUGCUGUAUGUGGCACGUUUCUUGUUGGGCAUGUGUGGUGGAGCCUUUUGCAUUAUAGCACCCAUUUAUACAACGGAAAUUGCCCAGACCAAAAUACGCGGUAUACUGGGUUGUUUCUUUCAAAUGCUUAUCACCAGCGGCAUUUUGUAUGUGUAUGUGGUGGGCGCCAUGGCUGAAGUUAUGAUCUCCUCAAUUCUAUGUGCUGUUGUGCCCAUUUUAAUGGCCUUACUGUUUCUUUUGCUGCCCGAAUCACCGGCCUUUUUUGUGCUUAAGGGUAAUAUGGAAAAGGCGCAAAAAUCUCUGCAAUGGCUGAGGGGCAAGAAUUAUGAUAUAUCAGCGGAAAUGUCUGAAUUUGUGGCGAAUGAUAAGUAUGCUAAAGACAAUCAAGUUUCAGUGGCAAAAUCUUUGGUGAAAAAAUCUACUUUAAAGGCAUUUGCUGUAUCAAUCUCUCUCAUGCUGUUUCAACAACUCAGUGGCAUAAAUGCCAUUGUCAUGUACUCUACGGGUAUAUUCAAAGAUGCCGAAACUGGUUUUUCGGAUACUACUUGCACCAUACUAGUGGGCACAAUGAUGGUAGUGGCUACUUUUGUCUCCCUAUUUUUUAUUGAUAGAGCUGGUCGUAGACCCUUAUUAAUGGUGUCGGCUGCAUUUAUGAGUGCUUGUACCUUUGGUGUGGGAUUUUAUUUCUUUAAGAAAGAUGGCGAUGAAGAAUUUGCUAAAUCUAUAGCCUGGUUACCGGUUGUCUGUUGCUGUUUAUAUGUCAUUAUGUUUUCGUGUGGUUUUGGCGCCAUACCUUGGCUUCUAAUGGCUGAAUUAUUUUCUGAAGAUAUUAAGGGCAUAGCUGGUUCCAUAGCGGGCACCACUAAUUGGUUGGCUGCCUUUUUGGUAACAAAUACUUAUCCGUUUGUAAGCGAAGCUAUAGGUAUUGGUCUAACAUUUUGGAUAUUUUCCGCCUUAACGCUGUUGGCGGUGUUCUUUGUGCUGUUUAUGGUGCCCGAAACAAAGGGUAAGACAUUUUUGGAAAUUCAAGCUAUUUUGGAGGGUAAUGCUUGAUCAGAACAGAAGUAAGUUGUGGAUAUUGCAAUUAAAUCAUUUUGAGAAUUUUAAAUAUUCUACUUUUGGGAAAAGCAGUUUAUUUUGUUGAUACCUAUAUGAAAUUUGUAAUUUGGAUGAAUACUUGUUGAUUUUUAUUGAAUUGUUAUUUUUUAUUACUAAAUGAUCCCGAAAUAAAUUUUUACAUGACUAGAA